CCGGCGUAAUCCAGGAAGCAGCUGUGACACAGAAACAGGGGGAAAAGAGAGAAAACAAACUGCUUCAGCAGCACACUGAAUGUGGCGACAGUUACAACAGGGGAAGUAAAGCCAAGACAGACGAAAGAGAACUGUCUGAUCCCACUGUCAGAGCAGCUUGUGUGCUGGAGAGCUCAUACGCCGUAUUGCUCCUCUCUCUGUUUGCUGUCAUUCUCUCUCUUCCACUGUAGCUGUGGGGGAGGGUGCACCGCCGCCUAGUUACAUGUCCCAGCAUCUCGCAAGAGCACAGACAAGGCCACUGCGACCAUAACGGAGACUGUGAAAAAAGGACAGGACAGGCAGAUAGAGACCUCUGUAGUGCGUCUGGGUCCAAGCCCCUGAAGCCACAGCGAUCGCUUCCAGGGACACCUGUCUCUUUCUCACAUUACCCAGGCGACCUGCGGAAAUCCAUGGAGGAAAAGUACAAAGAGAUUGCAGAGGAGCUGUUCACACGCAGCAUGGGGGAGAGCGAGAUGCGAAGCGCCCCGUAUGAAUUCCCGGAGGACAGCCCGAUUGAACAGCUGGAAGAGCGACGGCACCGCCUGGAGAGGCAGAUCAGUCAGGACAUUAAGCUUGAGCCAGAGAUCUUGGUCCGUGCCAAACAGGACUUCAUGAAAAUCGACAGUGCUGCAGACCUAGAGUUAAUGAAGGACAAAAGCCUGGACUUUGUUGACCUUUCCUUUAAGGAGGGGGCGAUGCCGGUCGAAAGAGAGUACCUGCGAGUCUCAAUCUCUGGAGACGAAAAGUGUGGGGUGCCCUUCACUGACCUGGUAGACGCUGCCAAGUGUGUGGUGAAGGCAUUAUUCAUACGGGAGAAGUACAUAAACCUGUCCAUGCAGAAUUUCUGCAAGACUACAGCUCACGCCUUACAGGAGCUCGGGACAACGCCUCUGAAUAUGAGGGUCUAUGAUGAUAAACUAGAGACCCCUGUAGAUGCUGAUGCUCCGGUCCAUCCACCUGUUUCAGAGACGCACCCUUAUGACAAUCAGGAUAUUAAGAACAUGCCACCAGACACAGGAUAUGGCUGCAAGAUGGUUGAUGGUGUAGUCCAUGUCUACAACAAGAACAACAAUAUGGACAAAAGCACAGAACUUGAUCUGAUGUAUCCUGACCUGAAGGAAUAUAUUGCAGACAUGAAUGUGAUGAUGUCUCUUAUUAUCAAUGGGCCAGUGAAAUCCUUCUGCUACCGUCGCCUGCAGUAUCUAAGCUCUAAAUUUCAGAUGCACAUCCUCCUGAAUGAGAUGAAGGAGCUGGCAGCCCAAAAGAAAGUUCCUCAUAGAGAUUUCUACAACAUAAGAAAGGUGGACACACACAUACAUGCGUCGUCCUGCAUGAACCAGAAGCACCUGCUGCGAUUCAUCAAGAGAGCCAUGAAGAAAUACCCUGGAGAGAUUGUUCAUGUUGAACAUGGACGUGGUCAGACCCUCAAAGAUGUUUUUGAGACCAUGAACCUGACAGCCUACGACCUGAGUGUAGACACACUUGACAUGCAUGCGGACCGUAACACAUUUCAUCGGUUCGAUAAGUUCAAUGCCAAAUACAACCCCAUCGGAGAAUCCAUCCUCAGAGAGAUUUUCAUCAAGACUGACAACCACAUUAAAGGAAAAUACUUUGGACAUAUAGUUAAGGAGGUGAUGUAUGACUUGGAGGAGAGCAAGUACCAGAACUCGGAGCUGCGACUCUCCAUCUACGGCCGCUCCCGGGAUGAAUGGGACAGUCUGGCUCACUGGGCCGUCGAACACAGAGUUUACUCUGAUAAUGUGCGCUGGCUCAUCCAGGUGCCCCGUCUAUUUGACGUGUACCACACGAAGAAGCAGCUGGGCAAUUUCCAAGAGAUGUUGGAGAACAUCUUCCUGCCUCUGUUUGAAGUCACCAUCAACCCAAGCAGUCACCCUGAUCUGCAUCUCUUCCUGGAGCACGUGGUGGGCUUUGACAGCGUGGAUGAUGAGUCUAAACCCGAACACCACAUUUUCAACCUUGAUAGUCCGCUGCCAGCUGACUGGACAGAAGUGGACAACCCACCCUACUCCUACUACCUCUACUACACCUAUGCCAACAUGACUGUCCUCAACCAACUGAGAAGGCAACGAGGCUUCCAUACCUUCGUGCUGCGACCUCACUGUGGUGAAGCCGGGCCGAUCCACCACCUGGUGUCAGGUUUCAUGCUGUCGGAGAACAUCUCUCAUGGGCUGCUGCUCAGAAAGGCCCCAGUGCUUCAGUAUCUUUACUACCUGGCUCAAGUUGGCAUCGCCAUGUCACCGCUGAGUAACAACAGCCUGUUCCUGAGUUACCACCGCAACCCACUGCCGGAGUAUUUGUCCAGAGGCCUCAUCGUCUCUCUGUCCACCGAUGAUCCUCUUCAGUUCCACUUCACCAAAGAGCCACUGAUGGAAGAGUACAGCAUCGCCACUCAGGUGUGGAAACUGAGCUCGUGUGACAUGUGUGAGCUGGCAAGGAACAGUGUCCUCAUGAGUGGAUUUUCACACAAGGCAAAAAGUUACUGGCUCGGCCCCAGUUACUUUAAGGAGGGCCCUGAGAGCAACGACAUCCGCCGCACCAAUGUCCCUGACAUCCGCGUGGGGUACCGCAGUGAGACGCUCACCGAGGAGCUUCACCUCAUCACUCACGCUGUGCGCACAGAGGAGCUGGACACCAACGACGAGGAGGACUCUCUGACCAUGGGUCCACUCACUGGGCCACGCUAAAGUCUCCUGGUCUCUUCCUGUAAAUCCUCGACCCUGUAGCCUGCUCAGCAUGACAACAGAAACACGUGGUGUGAGGGUAAUUCUGUCGAGCAUCAGUGUAGAAGUAUAACACACUCUGUCAACUACACAGACAUGAUUAAGCCAAGGUUUUAGUGCCACAGUUUCAAUAUUCUUCCAUUAGUCUGUGUGUUUUACUUUUGGUUUUUCUUCAACCUCUAACUCUUCUGUUUCAGUUAUUCGCUGUGACAUGUUGAGUUUGCUGCAACAAUUAGCAUCAGGGUUUAUUAGUAAUUGACCAGCAGGAUAACAACAUGUGUUUGUGUGCCCAUCAGUUUCUGGCAACGCUGCCACAUGAUCCCUGUGAGGUUUUUCUGUUUUACACUAACAAGCCAGCACAUUUAAACCUUUUCUAUAGCAAACUUGUCUCAGCGUUGCUUAAUUUCCACUCAACAGUUAUGACACUUAAUCAUCCUUUUUUGUUCAUCUGCAUUAUUAAUGCAGAGUAAUUGUAAUAGCAUGCUGGGAUUGCUGUUGGACCUUGCACACACCCUGAAAACAAUCUUUAACCAGUUUCUGUUUUAUUCCACUGAAUGCUGCAGCUCUGACUAUUUGCCAGAUGCAGAUCUUGUUGUGGAUUUUAUUUGCUAAAUUGCACACAUUUCAAAAACAUUCUUCUUUGAUCCUAAGUAGCACAGAACGCAGCAUAUUGGAGAGAAAUGGCUUUGAAUUUCAGAGACUUUAAGCGACUGACUGCAAACAUUCCUUAUAGAAAACAAGCCGCGUCAGCUGUGCAUUUAGUUAUACUUGCAAAAUUACUGUUAAUUUGUGGGUUUACUUUGAUGGUAGCAGAAAUAUAAAAGAGAGAUGUGCACUGUAUAGCACAAAAAAUGUGGAUUAAGUUGUUUUUUUUUACUGUUUCUGUGGCUUUGAAGCACCCUCUUUGCUUCUGCAGGGCCGCAGUCGUGCUCAUUCCUUCACCUUCAGAGAAAUGUUUCCUUUGCAUGCAGCAGCACAUGGUUUCUAAGCACCGAGCCACGACUUCACAGUGCCUUUUAAUAAUUAGCUUUGAGCACUGCAUGUUCAGUUUUUGUUGUGAUAACCAGCAUUUUCUCCAUAGUACACUGAUAAAACUCAAACCACCUAGCUGCAUGCUCGGUGUAAAGUAGCUUUUAUCUGCCUGAGAGAAGAAAGACUUAUUAUAUAGGCUAUAUACAUUUUUUUUUUACUAGUGCUAAGCGUCAUAGGUGCUUUUCUGCAUACCUGCAUGACUAAUGGAUGUCAAGAGAGAAUGAGUUACUGACUUUAACGUAAAGCAUCUUUAGUAGUUCAGGGUGUGCCGACUAGCUUUUGAGGUGGAAUCAGUUUUUUUUUUCUUUUCAAAUAAACAGAUUUAAGCUCAGUGUUGCAGAAAUGAGCAAACCAUGCUGGGACAUGGUUAAAACUGUUGCAUGGUUCUGCAGCAUUGCUUUUAUAUUGGUCCCAAACCUGGUCAAAAGCUACUGCCACACGCUUCAUAUUUUUACAUCAGAAACUACAAAUUUUCACGCUGCAAAACUUGCCACUGAACACAGUCCAAGGAUCAAACUGAUCGUUGGAUUCUGCCGUCUAGCAAUAUUUAGGUCAUAAAUCCUAGGUGAUGUUUAAAUAAUUAGUGUAUAGUAUUAGGAUGUGUUUGCUUGAUAGAUGAUUAGAAUGAAACACGAGCAUCUAUUUUUGUUUAGUUAGGACAUCACUGCUUAAAGGAGUAAAAAGAUGCGCUGGAGCUGAACUCAAACUCAUGUAACCGGUGGAUUUCAUCUACCGUAUAUAUUUUUUAAAGGUGAAAAAGAUUUUAUAUGCACGAUAUAGUCAUGUUAAAGGCAACACUUUUAUUUUGGUUGGUCAUUGUGAGCAUGAUGUGGUGAAUUGAGUUUCAACUUGGUUUUAUUCUUGUUGGGCUUUAACAACUAACUAGACAUGAUAUUUUAAUGUCCACCCAACUUCUAUAUACAUAUAUUACUAACGUAGCGGUUUUCACUCACUUAUGUUUGAUUACCAGAUUGCUAUACUACAAAAUAAGACAUUCACAUUUAAUGGUGCAUCUUGAUUUAGAGCGGCGGGCGGGUCAAACACCAACACAAACACUGACUCCUCCUAUGCAUCACAUCAGCAAAGUUGAUUUUGUCCCGUUCUUUGUCUAUGAAUGGAUUUUAACUUAAUUUUCUCAUCUUUGUCUGCCUGCCUUAAAAAUUGCAACAGCUUUUUUCAAAACUGACUUUUUUAUCAGUUUGAAUGUUUAAGAGUUAAUUUUCUUAUAUAGGUUGCAGUGCUUGUUUAUUCUGUUAGGAGUACGGUUUUGAUGAUUGUAUUCUGGACCACUCAGUUUCCAUCCACUCAGCUUUUCAACCCAUUGACUACCGUUUAAUUUGUUCACAAUAUCGUGCAUCCUACCUCACAAUUAGUCGUCUCCUCUUUUCCGUUAAUGGCACGACUCUGCCUACAGAGACGACAUUGGCCCACCAUCGGCCCACAAUUCGUAUUAUUUUCAUAAUUUCAUCUGUUUGGUUGUAACUUUUAAUAGUUUGUUAAAAAGAAAGUCUCCACUUUCAAUAGUGGAAGUACUUAAAGAUUGCUUUUCCCAAACGUACUAAAACUAAGAAAUGUUUGGUUUACUAUGAUAAAAAUGAGAGCGGGAAUCAAAAAUGUUAAAAAAUAGAUUUUUUUUUUUUUUUUUAGAUUGUAUUCAUGUAAAUUGAUGAUCUCAAUGUCAGAAAAGCAAACACUGUGACUAUUUGGGAAAAAUAAUAAUUUCACUUUCAUCCUUAGUUCUUUCUACAUUCAUUUCUACAUUUUUUUUAUACAAGUUUCAGCUCGCUGCCUUCACAAUCUUGAGUUAAGUAGAUGUUUUUCAUAGAAAAGUAUGUUUUUACACGGUCAUGUCACUUUUUUUUUUACAUGGUUUUAUUUUGAAUUCUGUCUAAUUUGAUCUGUAGCCUUAUUAUUGCUUGAGAUGGACUUCCAGAGUUUUCCAGAUCUAAUAAGAUUCACAUGUUCUAGAUAACAAAAUAAAGCAUGUUAAUCCACUCAA